AUGGCGGUGAAGCACUCUCAGUGACCCCCCCGUCCGAGCAAUGCACUUUGUCAGCCUCAGCCUGUGUGUGCAAUGGGCCGGUGAGAUCCUGUGAUCUCUCUGGUCGGCCCCGCCCCGUGUCAACAGCGGCCCGACAGCCAGUGCGUCCGGGUGACAACUGCACCCAGUAUCACGUGCAGGAUACAACUUGAGUCACGUGGACCUCGAAACCAUGCCCAGCAUAGUCCUUCCGUGUGCGUCACUUCCGGGGGCGGGUGCUCCUCCCGGAAGUAGUUUGUGAGCGGCUUCCGGUGGAGUGGAACAGUAUGUAUCGUGCUUUAUGUGUGUGUGUGUGUGUGUGUGUGUGUAUUUAUAUGGUAUACUAGUGGCGAUAAUAUCACGUAAAGCAUUAGCACUGAGUUUGUGUCCGUGUGACCUCAUUAUGUUUAAAAAGGCCGCGUGUUUCACAUUGGGUGAUUCUUUUUCUUAGUUAUUUAUUAAUAGUUAUCUCUAUGAACUUUUCAUGUUGCUGAUUUAUCCGAAUAAGACCACCACGUAUUGUGCUUUGUUCUAUAGUGCCAACCUAUUCUAUAUAUCGCUUCUCAUUCUUACUUAAACACCAUUUUUAAAUACUUCAAACUAUUUUGAAUAUAAUGUUCACAUGAACAUUCUGCUUUGAAUAGGAGAUCCACCAUGACACAAUAAUAAUAGACGUUCUUACGGGUGGAACGCCGUUUCCAUUGCUCCUGCAGGCACUAACCAGGAGGCGAAAAAAAUAAAUAAGCCCCAAGUGUACCCCCGUCAUGCUGGCCACCUGAUGGACCAAGCCUGGCGGAAGAUGUCUACCUGUUAGAUGUGGCGAGGGAGCUGUGUUCUUCCAGCUCUGCUCCCUCGCAUGCCGUUUGCUGAUGCUGUGAGCCGGAAUAUGACGUCAUAUUCUGGCUCACGGCAUCAUUAGACAUCCCGCGCAAGAGAGCAGAGAGAGCCACCCGCCUCACUGGGUGAACAUUUGUAAAUGUUAAAAAUAGGAAUAAUUUGUGUGUGUCUGAGUGUAUGUGUGCACGCGUUUAUAUAUGCAUACAAGUGUAUAAUUUUUUUUGGGGGGGGGAUCUUGGGUGAGUUCCCACACUUUUUUCCCCAGGACUUGACCCCUGAGUAAAUUGUUUUUUAACGGAGUUUGUCCUCUCACACCGUGGACACUGACCACUCAUACCAUACAUACCAAUCAUAACAUGAGCGCGAACGGCGGGCUCUCUGCUUCCUCUUCUCAUUUUGCCGCCAUCCCUAAAGGGGCGCUCCCUCCUGUCUCCCUGCGCGGCGGCGACGGAUCAUUGUCUAUUUGGUCUCCCCAGUUAAAGCAAGGUCUGGCCUGCGGUGGACAGGCGGGAUGAGUGAUGUGUGGUGACCAGCCGGGCGAGUGUGAGCCGCCGGCCCCGGGGGCUUUCAUGCUGACUGUUGGAUGCUAACAGGCUGCCCUGCCCUCUGUAUUGCCUUAAAUCCUGGCUGGGGAGCGCCGGUAUGGGGCCCCGGGGAUGCAAUACUCUCUGCAGUGUCAGGCUGGGUUUCCGUUUAACCCUUUCAGUGCCAGGUGGGUGCCCAGCGCUUCACAGCCUUCUCUGGCACUCUCAGGGUUAACUAUAUGUCAAUACACAAUGUGUGUAAACCUGGGGUGAUGGGUUAACCCUUUAAUCGCCGGCUGGCUCAGCACAUGGAGGGGUAGUAGUGGUUGUGUUAAGCUCUAUCGUGCCAGUGCUGUGCCCCACGCAGUGCUGGUUAAAGGUCUGCCUGCGGUGAGCUGCGUGUCUGGGGCCCCAUCCUGUCCCCGACUCAGGGAGCAGCACCACAAAGUGACGCAGGAUGUAUUGGUGAAUCAUUAACACCUGCUCGGAGCUACAACCAACUAAUGCUACUAAAUCACAAUUUUUGGCUACCUGGCUGUGGUUUGUAACCGGUAACAGGAUUCUGGUUCCAGACAUGAGCCUGGUGACGUGACUGUUCUUACCUUUCACUUCCUGCAGGAAGGCAAUGGAGAGAUAGUAUUGGGCGCUGACACUAGGGUGAUAUAGAGCAGGCCACUUGCGUUCUGCCACCCGGUAGUAUCUUGGUGCCUGUUGUUUACAAACAUUCUGAAAUGCCGUAUAUACUUUAUUAUAUGCAAGACUUAGUACUUAAUGAAAUUAAGCUGCACUAUCACCCUCCCCCCUGAAAAAUUAGUAUUUCUUUCUACAGGGAUUAUUAUCUUAUGAAAUACUCAUUAUGACUCUUCUGGAAUUUCAUUGACAUUCACUGAUAUACAGAGACAAAGUAGGGACUACUUUGUCUCUGACUAUUUCCUCUGCCUGACUUUCUUUGACUAUGAGCAGAGCGACGUAGUCAUUGCAGACAGCCGUCACCAGGGAUGGCUUCAUAGACAUCAAUGCUCCAUAGACUUCAAUGCUGUUCUCUCAUGCAUGUGUGAUAGUGUGUGUGUGGAGCUGUCCAAAUGUGAUUGAACAUUGAAUGUGAGUGUAAUAUUUGUAUUACCCCUUUCUUGACCCUGGUAGCUUACAGUGGUGAACCAUUAUUUGAAGAAAAAAAAAAAAAAAAGUUACCUGUGCAGUAUCCCAAAUACUUAUGUAUAUUAAGGUUUUUAGUAUCACUCAGUGGCCAUUAGCGUGCAAGCUCAACUGCCACGUCAAAGCAAACCUCUUAGGGGAGUCCUACAUUAACAACCCACCUUACUUCUUUGAGCUAAAAGGCAAUAACUCUAAGACAGAGAGCUGCAUCUUUCUAAACCCCAACACACUUAUAAAUUCUUAAUAGGGCACACAUGGGGUGGGCAGCGACACUGUAACAUAGCUCUGUAAUGCAAAAGCAAAUACAAACAUGCAAAAUUAAUCUCUGUGUUUAAACUCUCAUUACUGCUGUGUGACAGCAAUGACUUUAGUACACAUUAACCCUAGUACAUAGUCUCAGAGAUUUUGCCUUUUAGCCAAAAGAAGCAAGUUGUUAGUGUAGGACUUGCCUAAGAGGCAUGUAUUCGUAUCAUACACAUAUAUGUAUAAUACUCUGAAAAACAAUUAAAAUUGUUGUUUUUUUUUUUUUUUUAAAUCAAACUUUGUCCUCACUGACCCACACACACACACAUUAUUUUUUUUUUUUUUUUUAAUUCUUUAUUUUUCACUUUUGGUGCAACAUUUAGAUUGUACAGAUUGUUAAAAAGUUGAGGUUCGGUACCGUUCAUAGUUUGCACCGUUUUGGGUCAAGCAAUAGCAAUAAUUUUUAAACAACAGUAACAUGUUAAAACAAAACAGUAUUCAUUAUUUAGGUGUUAUGAUGUUUUGUGCGUUCUUGUGUUGGGAUAGGACUUUGCUUUCAAUCAGUAGCUCCUGUCUAGAGUAGGUCUGGUGGUGAUGGGACCCUAUGUGAAGAUUGAGUAGGUUUUCGAGUCGUGUAGUAGCAAGGUUGCGUCAGUUCCAUGUUUCAUGGUCAGACUCGCUGUGUUGUGCUGAGUAUAGGUGUCUACAUGCGUUAGUGGAGGUGAGCUGUUUGUCGUAGAUAGCGUGUUUUGGGUUGAUUACCCCUAACCAAGGGGGCUGCGGGGGGGUGAUUUGUCAGGCGCUCUGUGGUUGGACGUGUGAUAUGUUGGCUCUCAGUGGCACACACAUUAUUUUUUGCCACAUACACUGCAGCACACAAUCACUGACCUGAAACUGUGACGAAAAUGUAUUAAUCACAGUUAAUCUGACUUCCUCUUAAACAUGUAAUAUUUUUUUGUUAAUGUGUUAUAAUUAAUUGCAGGAUCCAAUGGCUUCAGAAGAAACUCUGCCUCCUAGUGGGUCUACUCUAGAUGGUAGUGGUCCAUGGCAGCCUGCCUCAUCCGGCCCUUCCACUAAGUUUGAGUUGGAGCGUGAGACAGAGCUCCGACUAGAGGUGGAAGGUCCAGUUCCUGUGCGAGUAGAGCUGGUGUCUGGUUAUGCAGAGGUGUUUGGGACUGAACUGACUCGAAACAAAAAGUAUACAUUUCCCCCAGGAAGUCGUGCAGCAGUUUUCACGUGGCAUGGAUGCACUGUGCAACUCUGGGGGAGCGCUGAUGUUGCCUACGUUUCUAAAGAUACCCCCAUGCUACUUUAUCUCAACACCCAUGUAGGACUCGAGCAAAUGAGAACACAAGCUGAGCGUGAAGGGGAACGUGGACCUCGGGUGCUGGUGGCAGGGCCUUCAGAUGUGGGCAAAUCCACACUUUGCAGGCUUCUGUUAAAUUAUGCUGUACGAAGGGGACGACGACCUACACUUGUAGAGCUGGAUGUUGGUCAAGGAUCAGUUUCUGUACCUGGGACAGUUGGAGCGCUUUGUGUGGAAAGACCAGCAGAUGUAGAAGAAGGAUUCUCAGCCCAAGCUCCGCUUGUAUAUCACUUUGGAUCUACAACUCCUGGAACUAACAUAAAGUUGUACAACAAGGUGAGGAUUCAUAUAUUCAUACCAAACUUCAAAAAGGUUAAAUACGUAAAUACCAAUAAUUUUAAAUUAAUUAUUAUUAUUAAAAAUUAAGCAUUGGUAGAAGUUUUAAUUUGAGAAAAAGGAACCACUGACCUUUAACUUUCCCAUUUUUUCGACAUGUUAGUUACUGGAGAAGGAUACUACUGAUAUGGAGAAGCAGGGUCAAAUAGCAUUCGGCAUUCAUACACACUGACCCUGCAUAAAUAUUCAUCAUAUGCCUACAAGCCAUACACAUAGACCUCUGCAUCUACACACUAUUGAUAGUUCAUGCUGCUGACAAAAUAUGAAUCAAAUACAAAAUGCUGUUGUGCAUAUAUGAUGGUGAGUAAUAAUGUGUGUGUGUGUAUGUUUUAUUUAUAUAUAUAUAUAUAUAUAUAUAUAUAAAACCUAUGGAAAAGGUUCAAGGUCAGAGGCAAACAAGGGAUCAAUAGACAGACACUACAGGAUUAUACACUUGACACACUAGAGCUUGCAGGACUGCCUGACAGUCCGGGCACUCCCGCUGCAGGCAGAUUCUUACUCUGCUAUGCCAGCUAUGUGAUGGCUCUGUCAGCCAUCACAUGGCCUGGGAGGGCCUGAUUUGCCAGAGGGGGCUGUCUGGGUUAUAAGGCAGUGCCCCAGAAGCAGAUCAACAAGUAGGUAAGUAUCCCGGCAGCUCUGGGGCUGAAAGCCGUUACGGCGCUUUAUGGCGCAGCAACGACUUUAAAGCCCAUUAAAUGCGGGAUGGCAUAGAACGCCGAAAAGGAAUUAAGGGGUAAAAUUCACUUUGAUUUCACUUUACUUAAUAGCCCUGUAAGUGUAUAGACUAAAUAUUGUACAAACCUGAAAUCUGGAUGCAGGUCGCUUCUUUGGAACGUACUUUGUGCUCCUGCAAUAGCAAACACAGCAACCCACAAUGCUGAUCACUAGGCAUAAUGUUAACACAGAUGCAAGCACACUUAUUCAAUAAAUGUAAUAAUGCAUAGAUAGUUUUGCUUGUUAUGUGGAUAAUAAUAAUGUUUGUCUUGAUUUCUGAAGAAGUGUCUCAUGUUGGACAUGAAAUGUGUAUUUGCUUAGUGGUGUCCCCUCAUUAUUUAUAUUGCCUGUAUUUGGAUUUAUUUUCCUUGUAUAUUAUUUUAUUUAUUGCUUGUUGUAUUUCUAUUAUCUUUUUUUCACAAUGAAUAAGCAAUUGCAAGGAUUAUCCCUGUUCAUUACUUUAGAAAUUCUAAAGAGUGCAUUUUUCAUUCAUCGGGUUGUCUUCAUUUUGUUUGCUUUUAGUCUUUAACUUCAACAUCUUUCUCUUGUUUGUGUCUUCCUAGCUUACAUCUCGUCUGGCUCAUGUGUUCAACAUGCGUUGUGAUUCUAACCGCCGUGCAUCAGUUAGUGGAUGUCUUAUUAACACCUGUGGCUGGGUGAAAGGUUCUGGAUAUCAGGCUCUGAUCCAUGCAGCCUCAGCAUUUGAGGUGGAUGUUGUCCUGGUGCUGGAUCAGGAACGUUUGUAUAAUGAUCUCCUCCGAGACCUUCCUCAUUUUGUACGAAUUGUCCUUCUCCCAAAAUCUGGAGGAGCGUCUGAGCGGUCUAAAGAAUGUCGUAGGGAAUCUCGAGAUCAGCGAGUGCGUGAGUACUUCUAUGGUCCCCGAGGCUCACUCUAUCCCCAUGCGUUUGAAGUGAAAUUCUCAGAGGUUCGAGUUUACAAAGUUGGAGCACCAUCUAUUCCAGAUUCUUGUCUUCCCUUGGGUAUGUCACAAGAAGACAAUCAGCUUAAGUUGGUGCCAGUGACACCUGGAAGGGAUAUGGCACAUCAUCUACUUAGUGUGGUACCUGUGGAUGGUGGGGGAGCAGAAGAAGGCUUGGAGGAGAGAAGUGUGGCAGGAUUUAUUGUCAUCACAGGAGUGGACAGUGAAAGGCAGACACUUACAGUGCUGUCUCCUGCACCCAGGCCACUGCCAAAAUGUGUGUUACUUAUCAUGGAUAUCCGAUUUAUGGACCUUAAAUAA